AUGUCGACCCAAACUGUUCGUGCUGCUGUCACCCAGGCUGAACCAGCCUGGUUGGAUCUCGCAGCCGGUGUGGCAAAGACCUGUGAAUUGAUCACAGAGGCUUCACAGAAUGGUGCGAAGCUAAUUGCCUUUCCCGAGUGUUGGAUCCCUGGGUAUCCUUGCUGGAUAUGGACCCGACUACUUGACGUUAAGCUCAAUGUAGCCUAUAUCAAGAACUCAAUCCGUCUCAAUUCCCCCGAGAUGACGGAUAUCCAGCUCUGCGCAAGCACCAACAAGAUCGCCGUAUCUUUGGGGUUUUCAGAGAAUUUCAAUGGCUCCGUGUACAUCGCUCAGGUGAUGAUCGGGCCGGAUGGAGAAAUCAAGGCCCAUCGCCGUAAGAUGAAACCCACGCACAUGGAGCGAACUAUCUUCGGCGAUGCCUCGGGUGAAUGCUUCGCAAGUGUUGUGCAGCUCCCAUUUGCACGAGUUGGCGCACUGUCCUGCUGGGAGCAUAUUCAGCCUCUGCUGAAAUAUCACACCCUAUCCCAACAGGAAGAUAUCCAUGUCUCGGCAUGGCCUUGUCUCUUUCCUCACAGUGGCGGUUCGGAACUGUGGUCCAUGUCGGCAGAAGGCUGCCAAGGUCUUUCUCAAACAUACGCAAUCGAGUCACAGAGUUUUGUGCUCCAUUGCACGGCACUAAUUUCUCAAAAGGGUAUCGAAAGAAUGAACACGUCUGGGGGAGCUCUGAUGUCAGCCCCUGGUGGAGGUUGCUCAGUCGUCUUUGGCCCAGAUGGUAGAAGAUUGACGGAGCCAGUCGACGGUACAACGGAGAGCAUCAUUUAUGCCGAUUUAGAUAUGGAUCAAAUUUUAGCCACCAAGUUUUUCGCAGAUGCCACCGGCCACUACAGUCGCCCGGACCUUAUGUCGCUUCAUGUUUUUAAACAGGUGAAGAAGUUGGUUCACGAGGAGGAAACAGUCGAAAGUGUGAAGAGCAUCAAGGAAGCUGAUGUCCAGAGUGAAGUCAAAUAG